AUGGAUGUGGUUUUCCUUGAAAUCUGUAAGGUCAUGAGAACCAAUGCAGAGGUAGUAAAAAGUGCACUCCGUCUGGUGCCAAAUGGGUUACUUGUGCGUGACAACUCUGGGGAGUUUCUGCAGGAGGAGUUCCAUAAACUGUGGUCUAUGGGCUCUAUGUGUGAUGCCAUGCUUGUUGGCCAUGAUGGGUUUGUUAAAUGCCAUCGAUUUAUGCUUGAGGCUGCUUCUCCAUUUGUUCAAGACUUGAUCCGCAGUUGCCCCUUACAAGAAGUGACUUCUUUGACAAUCCCACAUCUGUCUUUCUCAACAUUGCACAACUUUGUGUCCUUGUUGUAUGGAUGUAGUCUCUCUGAUGUUCAACUUCCUGACCUUGAGGAACUCCUUGACCUGACAAAAAUACUACAUAUUGAAACAUUAGCUCAUAAGCUGAUGCACUUCAUCUAUGGGAAGAAACCUUCUGUUCAUGUUGUUGGCCUCCAGUGCCUCCUGCAAGGCAGAGUUAUCAAACUCCGAAGGACGACCGGUGCGUGGCUGGUCUUCCAGGCUUUCAUUUCCUUUCUGGAAGCGACUGUACCAAUCAUAGGCAGUGCUCUUGGACACAGUGUCCGGGCCAAACGCGGUAUUGAUGUCAGCGAUGGAAUUGGCUGCCUUCUUCUCGAUUCGGAAGUCAUAAAGAAGAAGCAGGCGAACUUGCUCCUUAAUUCUCUGCAGCAGCCAGUAUCUGUGAGUGCAUCAACAUCUUCUGGAUCAUCAAAUUCCAAUAAGUUUCCAUCUGUCAAAGACUUUAUUCAUCAUCGCAUCAAACUUGGAUGUGGGAAACCAGAUGUCCAUAGCCUAGGAAAUUCCAUGGGAAAAGCUGAGACAAGUUUGAAUGAAGGGAACUCUUUCAUGCCUUAUGAUGGCUCCUCUGUUGAUCCCCCUGUAGUAGGCAUGGACACAUUGGCAAUGGAUACUGAUGACUCUGUUUAUGGACCUUCAGUCAUAGAUGUGAAUCCUACAAGUUGGAAUCCCAAAUUUGAGGUAACUACAGAGGACCCUGAAAUGCAAGUGGUACAUGAUUGUCGGGAAGGGAGAUCUAAAGGAAUACUUGGAGCAGAAGUCCCACUGGGGGCAGUGGCUCAGGCAGCAUUCGUGAAACUCAGGACACCGAUCACCUGA